UGACAGAUACUGAAAAAAGAAACCUUUGAAAUGUUGUGCUUCAAUAAGUGAAUUUAGCAUUUUUGAUAGAGAACAAUUUACUUAUAAUUUGGUAAAUUUAUGAGAAAUGCCAUUAGCAGCAACAUAAAACUUGUUUGUGAUUUUGUCUUGGACCAGGUAUAUGAGAAAGAGUGAAAAGGUUAUUAGUAAGCGAGAUAAAAUCAAUCACGGACAAUGAACCCCGGAAACUAUGAGUCCACGAUCAUCACGACGGUCACGCAAAAGUUUCGAGAGGGCGAAUCCAUUUUGGCGAUAUUCGAAGGUUAUCAAAUAGUAGGUAAUAAACACCAGAAUCGUUUGCUGGUGAUCGCCAGCUCUAAUUAUACUUCGGCACUGUUCGCCUUUUCAAUUGCCAGUUACCCACCGGAGAGCAUUUCAGAUUUGACAAUUGCAGCAGUUUAUCCUAUCGAUGACUCAUUCUGGGUGAAUCCAGAAUCCGGUACGCCUGGUUCCAUUUCCAGCCAUCAGUUCACUAUUUUUUCACAAAAGGCACCGACGGUUUAUUUCUAUCAGGCAACUCCGGAUACAAUUGUCUCGAGGGACAAUUUCAUCAGUAAUUUGAAGCAUUUAAUUUCAAGCUAUAAGAGUGCCUCGACCCAGGCGGCCGCCACAUCUUGUCCGUUGGAUUUCAAGUGGCUGGAAAAUUAUAAACGAGCGGAUAUGCUGGCAAUUGAUAGGAACAUUGCCGACGGUAGUCAAGCUCCGAAAACACGCGACUCUAAGUUCAAAGAAGAGUUGGAUCGAAGGCGGCAUGAAUACAUUGUUUACGAACCGUACAAGAUUUAUACGGCGACGUGGAAUGUCAACGGACAAACAUCGGAGGACAUUGAGCUACCGGAGUGGCUCUCGACGACGGAUGAUCCACCGGACAUUUACGCGGUAGGGUUUCAGGAGAUCGAAUGGACACCGGAGAAGAUUAUCAUGAAUGAAACCAAGAUAGAUCGUACGUGGGUAAAUAAAGUAAUGAUGGGCUUACACAAGGGUGCUGCCUAUGAAGAGCUCGCAUCGGUUCGCUUGGUGGGUAUGAUGUUGACGGUGGCAGUUAAAAAAUCACUGCGGGAUCAAAUUUCCGAUUGUCUAACAGCUGCUGUUGGAACGGGGACUUUGAAAUGGGGAAACAAAGGAGGAGUCGGUGUAAGUUUCCAAUUGAACGAGGCUUUGCUAUGCUUCGUCAACUCUCAUUUGGCUGCUCACACUCAGGAGGUAGACCGUCGGAAUGAGGACCAUGACGAGAUUAUAAGAAGGAUGUCGUUCGAAAAAACUUUCCGGGGUCGUGCGAUCGAUGAGCACCAUCACAUUUUUUGGAUUGGAGACUUAAACUAUCGACUAAACUCAGACAUCACACAGGAAUUUGUAAACUGUAAAGAUCGCGACUAUAAUCAACUUUAUGCGUAUGAUCAACUGUAUGUGGAGAAGGGAAAGAAACGAAUUUUUCGAGAGUACAAGGAGGGAAAAAUACUAUUUGGACCAACUUAUAAAUACAAUCCCGGCACAGAUGAUUGGGAUAGUAGUGAAAAGAGUCGCUGUCCGGCCUGGUGCGAUAGGAUUUUGUGGAAAGGACUCCGGACAGAGCUGCUGAAGUAUGACAGUGUAAUGCAGCUGCGGAGGAGUGAUCACAAGCCUGUUUUUGCCGUAUUCAAUGUGGAGGUUGAGACGAAAGAUGAUCAAAAGUUCAAAAAAGUACAUGAAGAAGUUCUGAAAACAGUCGAUAAAUAUGAAAAUGAUAACCAACCGCAGAUAACAGUCGAGCAAACCGAUCUUGACUUCGGUCUGAUCCGAUUUAACGAGAAAUAUUCCCGUGAACUGCUCGUUGCAAAUAACUGCCACCUACCGGUGCGGUUUCGAUUUGCCGCCAAAGACGACCGAAGCAGUUACGUGUGCGAAGAUUUUAUCCACAUAAGCCACAAAGCAGGAGAACUAAUCACCGGCAACAGCCUAAGCAUACGAAUUGAUAUUUUUGUGGAUGCGAAAGCAGCUUCACAUAUGCUUCAUAAGCUGAAGGAUGCCAAAGCAGGCGUCAAAAUUCCACUCGACAUAUUGGUGCUACAUGUGGAGAAUGGACGAGACAUUUUCAUUACCAUUUUCGGGGAGUACAAGCAGAGCUGCUUCGGCGUUUCGCUGGAAACGUUGAUGAAGCUGAACAAACCGAUCUUUGAGUACGAUAUCAAUGAACUGGUUGCUCUGGAAAAGGAAGAAAAAUUGAUCGAUCUUACGGGCGAGGAAGAGUUGAAGAUUCCGAGGGAAAUUUGGCGAUUAACAGACUAUUUGUACAAAAAUGGAAUGGAUAAUCCGCAGCUGUUUACGCUUAAUCGAACUCAUUCAAAGCACGAAAAUAUUCUGGAAAUUCGAGAUUGGUUGGAUAGCUGGUCAUCAGAACCGUUUCCUGGUAUUCCAAAAACAGCAGCAGAAGCACUUCUUAUUCUUCUAGAAUCUCUUCCAGAACCGGUGGUUACCAUAAGCGAGCGGGAGUGCAUGGUUAAUGCAGACAACUAUGAGCGCUGUCGGGAGCUAAUUCGAACGAAGCUGAAACCCGUCCACCGGUUGGUGUUUCUGUACAUUUGCAUGUUUCUCAUUGAGCUGCGGCGACAAAAUCCCUCUAUUAGGCUGGAAAUCUUAGCAACUAUUUUUGGUCGAAUAUUGAUUCGUAGUCAGACUCCGUUGGUACGGACACCGACAGGGAACGAUGUGUAUGCUUACACCGAGGGCGAACGUGACCAACGGCGACGAUUCAUGAUGACGUUUUUGACCAGUAAAAUACAGGAAUUUGCCCGAGCAGAGAUCGACAGUAAUGGAGUUUAGCCGUCUAUUUGAUCGCUUUCAUAAAGAAGAUAAGCUGCAGAGGCAAACAGCAUGGUUUGCGUUUGAAAAACGUAGAUUUAGUUAGUUAAGCAAUAGCGGACCAAACUGUGAAAAGGCUCAUCUCGUAUACUGCCCAUAAAAGCAAAAAAGUCCCAUAUUGAAAAACAGUAAGCCGAGAAAAACACUAUUAAAGAGCCUUAUGUAUGGGACAACCAUGUUUUGGAAUUUUUUUUCGAUAUUUUAUAAACAAACCUGGUAAUCUUAUUUGUGCAUUGUGAUUCAGUGGGGAUACAUAAUACAAUCCAACAGAUAACUCAUUUUCGAAGAAACUCCAUAUGGGAUUCUUAUGAUUUUAUGGGCAGUAUAGGUCCUAUUAAGUUAUCAACACGAUUUUCUCUGCAACUUAUAUUUUUCAUCGCACUCAGUUUGGUUAUAACUUGUACCAUAGAUCUGAUUAGUCCACCGAAAUAAAUCAUACAUUGAACUUUUUCACUAAAAAAAACAAGAAAACUCCGUUGAAAACAAAAAUGUAUGAAGGACAUAUGAUGAUGUGAACUUUUCACAUGUUCAUCCAGAAUAGUGGAAUUUUUGCAAAAAGGUCACAUCAUGAACAAACUUCUAGAUGUAAAUAAUUAUAACUAGAAUAAAUGCCGAAAUGUAGGCCUAAAAUGUUUUAAUUGUAUUUAAUAGUGUCUGUAAAAUAUGGUAUCAGUACAUUUCAUGAAUUUAAAAGCUAGAAAGAAGAUUAAUAAAGCGACGCAUUUUUUGCUCCAUCA